AUGUCUCUCCGAGCGUGCAGUCAGCGCUUCGGCGCAGCGAUACGCUCGCAGCAGCGAAGGGUUGCCGGACAGAGCAGGCGAAGCUAUGCGUCAACGGCGACAGCAGCGUCAAGUCUACCGCAAGAGAUGAAGAAUUCGAUUGAUAAAGAGGCAUCUCUGUCAAAUCCUGACCCACCAUCAGACUCUUCGACCGCCCGUCUCGUCUCUUCCCAGAACCCUUACAUGGUACCAACUUACGUUCGGCCGCCGCCCAUGUUUCAGCAAGGUGAAGGCUGCUAUAUUUGGGACGUAGAGAACCGGCCUUAUCUUGACUUCACUGCUGGCAUUGCUGUUAACUCGCUCGGUCACUGUGACCCGGAAAUAAGCAAGAUCCUGUACCAGCAGAGCCAGACGCUAGUGCAUUGUAGCAAUCUGUACUACAGUCCUUGGAUAGGUGCUUUGAGUCAGCUACUCGUAGAAAAGACGAGAGAAAGCGACGGCAUGAAGGAUGUCGGAAAGGUGUUCGUUUGCAACUCCGGCUCAGAAGCCAACGAGGCCGCGAUCAAGUUCGCCAGGAAGCAUGGACGGACUGUGCAGCCUAACGGGAGUAAGCACGAGAUUGUGAGCUUCAAUAACUCGUUCCAUGGCCGGACCAUGGGCGCAUUAUCUGCGACGCCAAACCCGAAGUACCAGAAGCCGUUCGCACCAAUGGUUCCAGGCUUUAGGUACGGGACUUACAAUGACGUCUCCGCCAUCAAUGACUUGGUGACGGAGGCGACAUGCGGUGUCAUCAUUGAGCCCAUUCAGGGUGAAGGUGGUGUCAAUGUUGCCACGCAGGAGUUCCUUUUGGCGUUACGCAAACGUUGCAACGAAGUCAAUGCCGUACUGAUCUACGAUGAGAUUCAAUGCGGCCUCUCGCGUACCGGCCAACUCUGGGCACACUGCGCUCUCCCAGCAGAGGCACAUCCAGACAUCCUCACCACUGCAAAGGCGCUCGGCAAUGGCAUCCCCAUUGGCGCCACGCUUGUGACAGAUGACGUAAGCAGCAAGAUUGUCACAGGCGACCAUGGCACCACAUUCGGCGGCAAUCCGCUGGCAUGCAGGGUAGCGCAUUACUGCCUCACCCGCCUCUCGGAGCCGGAUCUGCAGAAAGCGGUUGUGCAGAAGGAGGCUCGCUUCCGGCAGCACAUGACUCGUCUGCAUCAACGCUUCCCAAAGAUCAUACAGGAAGUGCGCGGCAGAGGACUCAUUUUGGGUAUGCAGCUCACAAGUGAUCCAACGCCCGUCAUCACUGCGGCCAGAGAGCGAGGUCUGCUGAUCAUCACCUGUGGGACGAAUACUCUGCGCUUUGUGCCACCGCUUAUCGUGUCUGACGAGGAGAUUGAUAAGGGUAUGGCAGUCCUUGGGGAUGCAAUGGCCGCAGUCUUCGAGCAGCCUGAAGUUGUUAAGGGUACAGACGGGCAGCAGGAGAUGAGGGCAACCCACUGA